AUGGAUCAUAGCAACGGCUGGGACAGACAUGUCGCUUUGCACGAUCUUUUUACCCCGGAAUGGUCCCAACUGGAAAAGGGCAGCCCAAUUUCCUUGGUUGUGGAUGGGGUUUUGUUCACAGAUGAGCUGGUCAUAGGUGUUGUACACCCCGGGGAUCAGAAGGUGAGGAUCUAUGGCGAAGUCUCCGACCAGGUGCGUGGAUGCAAGAGGAUGACUGUGUUGAAUGCCUUGGUGGAUUGGCGUUCCCCUUUUGUGGACUUGCUCCUGACCGAUGCCAGUACAAUCGUUGCUCAUGGUCUUUGUCCUGGGCCUGAUUUGUUCCGUCUGGUUGAGGUGUGUUCUGGUGUUGCCUGUUCCUCUGUUGGACUUGGUUUUGCCGGUUUCAAGCAUGUUGCCAGUGUUGAGUGGAGUCAACCACUCGCUCGCCUUCACUCUUUGUGCCACCCAGAUGUCCCGGUGUUGAAUUUGGAUUUGACCAGUCCUGCCUGCGCUCAGUCCCUGUUGACUUCCGUUGACCCACCGUUCUCACUGAUGGCAGGUAUCAGUUGUCAACCAUACUCCACCGCAGGCAGCCAAGGUGGAUCCAGUGAUGCCAGGUCGUCGACUCUCCCUGCGACACUCAGGCUUGGUCAUUUGUGUCAAUGCCCGCUCAUCAUCAUUGAAUGCGUUUGCCCUGCCCAGAGUAACAAGUUUGUCCAAGCUCAUUUGCGGGCUUUGGAAGACCAGUUGGGGUACCGUGUCUCGGACUUGACUCUUCGACUUGAGGACAAUUGGGUUGCCCGUCGUGCACGUUGGUGGGUUAUUGCAGUUCACCCUUGUUUUGCACCCAUUUGUGUCCCGGAAUGGCCCCAUCAUCCGCAUCUUUGCAUCCGUGAUAUCAUGCCAUAUGUUAAGCAGUGGCCAGAUGAAGUGAUGCGUGAGUUGCUCCUUGAUGAUGAAGAGCUCAGACAAUUCACCUUGGACGGCUCCCAUAUGCGCAAGUAUUUGGUCCAGACCUCCGGAAAACUACCAACAUGUUUGCACAGUUGGGGCAGUCAGAGUAGAGCAUGCCCAUGCCUUUGCAGGUCGACCGGCUUCAGCGACCAACUGAUUUUGCAGAGGGGUGUUUUUGGUCAAGUGCUUCCGGUACCAGUUUCACAAGGGCCCCCAAAGUACCGGCAUUUUCACCCUGCUGAACUGAGCCUCCUGAAUGCCAUGCCACUUGUGCCAGGUAUGUAUCAGAACACGGUGGACUUGCGACUUGGAAUCUGCGCCAUUGGCCAGCUGGCCUCACCGCUCCAAUCCGGGUGGGUAGGUGCUAGUGUUGCAUGGCAGAUCCAACAUGCCUUGGGAUUGCCCACUGUGGACCCUCCCGCAGUACUUCAGAGUAUCAAAGCCAUUCUCUUUGGUAAUGUGAGGCAGUUGUUCAAUGAUGGAGUUCCCAGCCCUACCAUUGGAUCUAUGGUGCAGGUUGUUUUUCCUGAUUCCACGAAACUGGCAUUCCCGGUACCCACAGCAGCCACCCUGCGUGACCUCAGGACUGCCGAAGCUGCUUUGAACCAAGGUGCUUGCCAGUAUGGAUGGACUGAUGAUGCUACCGGCCGUCCCUUAGGUGAUGAUGACUGCAUCCGAGGGCUUUGCAUCCGUGCCAAUUUUGCCGAUGCCUUGCACAGUCAAGGCCUCCCUGCAUGCCCUGCCACCGACAAUGCAGUUCCAGAGCCUUUGCCUGAACCAGCAUCCGAAAGCGCAUCCGCCAGUUGUGUUUCUGUGCCUCAGUCAGUUGAUGUCGACAUGGUUCCAUGCUCCGUUCGGCCAGAUCCUCUCAGUGGACUUACCCAUUUGUCAGGUCCUUCUUUGGCUGCGUUGGUCCCUCCCUUGUUGCCUGACUUGCAUCACAUCCAAAUCAUGCGUCAAGAACAUGCUGGUGUUGACAAUCGUUUGUUGAUCCUGCAUAAUCAGGGCCCCGCCAUGGCAGAUGAUGAACUGCUCCUUCAUGUCCGUACGUGCAUCAAGUUGUCUGGGCGCACUGAUGUCCAUAUGAUCGACCCUGUCCUUGCGGCCAGUUGGCUCCGUGUGGGCACUGUUGAGCAAGUGCGUGCUUGGUUCAUGUCUGUGGACUCUUGCUGUUGUGCGGUCACUGUUGUCCCUUUUUCAGAUCACUGGAUUCCUGUUGUAUGGACUCGCGGUCAACGUGGCGUUUCUGUUUCAAUCUGGGAGGUGGACGGCGUUGAUGUGGAUGGACUUAACCCGCUGCAUGGACUUAUCUGCCAAGCUUGGACUUCGCCUGGAUUUGCUGUCACUUGCACUCGCCGCACCUUUGGGUUGACACACUGCGGAGCUGCUGCUUUUGCGUACCUGGCCCAUGUCCUGUUGGAUAAGCCUCUGCCUUUGGAUUUUGAUGCCAUUGUUGCCCUCCAUGGGGACCUGCAGGAAAGUUUUGCAGCCGCCAUCAUGGACCUGUCUGUUGUCCCGCGUCCAUGGUGUUGGGGUCUUGGAGUUCCAGACACUUUGGGUCUUGUUGCUAACCUGCUGCAAUUGCAUGGGGUCCCGUUGGAACAAUCGGCACAGAGAGCCAAACUUGUGGUCCAGGGGCUAGGCCGUAGUGCAGUUACCAAUGCCGUCACGGGGGGUACGCCUUGGAAGUCCCUCAAAGCUUUGGCCAACCUGCAAUCGCCGCCUGUGCAACUUGUCCUCCCGGAUGAACAACAGCAGAGGGUACUUCAGAAGAACCCCAAACCCAAGAAGCAAACGAGUCAGCGUCCUGCCAUGCCUGCACGCCCUCGUGAACUUGACCCAGCCAAAAUUCAGCUGGACCCUGGUGCAUUUUGCACAGGGCAUGAUGAGCCAGUUUGCCAAGUGGACUUUGCUCAGAUUGGACCGUUAGUGACAGGAGUUGCCCUGACCAACUUUGCUGAUGCCACUCCCUUUCUGCAAGCAGACAAGCUGCUGACCAGCCGUGGACUUGCAUUGCUGAUCCUGAACCCACCCAAAGACCUGCCGACCAAUCUGCAGUAUGCCACUGUCAGAUUCGCUGCCAGAUGUGCCCUGAACCAAGAGCCCAUGCUGCUCACAGGUGCCCUUGUCCAACUGGGAGGAGCAGUUAUCUAUCAGUACAAGGCCCAGAAUACCCCUGCGAUCAUGUCUGUUGACGUUGCUUGCGCCAGGGUCACUGUUUUUGCUGACCAGUGGGAUGGUAAAUGGGAGGAUUUUGCAGCCAAGCCGAUCAAGCAUAUCCUUGCUGCCCUCCCUGCACUCCAGGUUUGCAAGAUGGAAUCAUGCUCUUGCCCUGCUUGGCAUCCGCCUCCAGAUGGACCCCAUGAUGCACUCUUGGAUGUGUUCAGGCGCCAAUACCUCAAUGAGGCAGGCCGGCCUGUCAAGUGGGAUCAGGCCGCAUCCUUCGCUGUUAUGGUCAGAUACAUCAAGGCGCUGGAACCCCAGGUUGUCGCAGUCAGUGGCCAAAAAGGUGUGUAUGUUGAGCCGAAGACGGAAGACGCCGCCCAGCCUAGCGGAGACUUUCAGGUGAUCUGGCUCCCACAGCAUGAUUAUGCAUCAGUGGCACACAUGGCCAAAUGCGAGGCUCACUGUGUUGGCAUUGCAAGAACUGGUCGCCGAUAUGGACUAAGGGUGCACACAACUCACUUUCAGCAAGUGUUUGCCAGUGUCAAACCAGACGCAGUCUUCCUUGCACCAGGCUCCCGGAUGGUUUUCCAUUGCGGCCCAUGGCCAUAUGGCAGUGAUCGCAAAGGGCUGGCACGCACCCUCAAGGCCAGCGGUUGGGAGUGCAGGCCGCUCCAGCCCCUGCAGAGCGCCCCAGGAGGACUCAUGUGGUCUGUCCAGGCCAAUGUGGAGCCACCAGCCAAUGUGAUGAGCAUGCACCACGGCCAGGUUGUCAUCACGCGACAUGAUGCACGUGCAGCCAUGCCAGAACCUGACAUGAGAGUCAUCGGCCAAGCCAACACGGUCCAGCUCUGCUCAGUCACAGAUGGUGCAAGCCAUGGAAGCAAGCUGCCAACCAGCUGCCGCCACAGCCUGCAAGAGCUGGAACAGAGGAUCGAGUCCAAGGUCCUGGCCAAGAUGCCGAUCCAGGCAGAACGCAUGGAAGUGGACGAUCAGGACACUCGCAUCUCCCUCUUGGAGCAGCAGAUGCACCAACUUACAAGUCGCCAAACGAUUCUGGAGUCCACGGUCACUGACCACCAUGCCCAAAACACCGCGCAGGUACAGGGGUUGCAACAACAGAUGAUGAUGCAACUCGAGAUGCAGUCCAAGCAGAUGCAGGGCAUGUUAUCUGAUCAAAUGUCCCGGCUGGAGCAGAUUUUGGCGAAGAAACCCCGGACCGAAUGCCUGGCUUGCAGUUUGAAGUCUAUGCAAUCCAGGUACAAGCAUGUCCUGACAGGAGCCCCCAUGGCUCAACGCACUGCGGCCAGCGAUGCUGGGGAAUGGGCUGGUGUGGCCUUCACUUCUGCCUUUCCGUGCAGGACGUUGUCAACACCCUGGCCGCAGGAUGUCUAUGAAACCGGACGGUUGCAAUUUGGUUCUUUCUUCACCCCAUCAGCCUGGGUGACAGGAGCAGUGCUGUACGGCUACCCUGAAGGCCGCAAUCACCCUAAUGCCCACCCUCAAACCGAAGCCUUGCUGGACUUUGCUGUCUCUCACCUUUUGUCCUUCCCAGGUCCGAAGUUCAUUGGUGGCGACUGGAAUUUUCAGCUUCCCGACCUGGCCAUUGUUCCCGUCUUGCGUGCUAGAGGUUGGGUUGAGGUCCAGGACUUGUGGCAUUCCAUGACUGGCGCCCCUGUUCAAAACACUUGCCGCGGGGCCACCCGCAAGGAUUUCCUCUGGAUUUCACCUGAGUUGGCUAUGGUUUUGUCUGGUGUGCGCGUUUGUCUGGAGACUUUUGCUGAUCAUGCAGUGAUCAUCGCCCAGUUCCGAGGAGGUUCACAUCACCUUGACAGUUUUGUUUGGCCGUGUCCGAAACCGGUGUCUUGGGGUACAGAGCAUGCACUUCCGGAGCCACUGUCCUUUGCUUCACCUGUGGACCCCACUGCCCAGUAUGCCCGAAUGUGGCAGAUGAAAGAGCAGGCUGCAGCUGCUACCUUGCCUGAGUGGAUUCCUGCAAUGGGUGGCAGAGGUCAACAACUCAAGCCGGCCAGGAAGCGUGGAAUUCCUGCACCCAUCAAGCAAGGCCGGAAGUCUGAUGUUCAGCCUGGGUUUCACGGGUUCUCCGCGGUCCAUGUGAAACAAUUCAGACAGUUACGCCGUUUGCAAAACUAUUGCCGCUGGAUUUCCUCCUUUGAAACUGAUGGCACUGGCGAUGGGACCCAUGGUAUUGACCUUUGGAAUUCCAUUCUCCGAGUCUUUGAAGCUGUGCUUGCUGAAGUCCGCGCCUUCGAGCGCAAUUUGGCCUUUGCUCAACAGGCUCACAGAGCUGCCCAACAUGAAAAGGAUCGGCUCCUGAUCUUCCGUGAAGUUGCCCGCCAGCCGGCAGCACCUGUUGAAUCCCUUGUCCACUCUGUGUCUUCUGUUGUUGCGCAGCUUGACCCAACCCAGUGUGCUGUUGAACUGGUUGAGCCUGUCAACCUUGAUGCCAACCAACCUGUUUGGAUCGGUGGACAACAGAAACAAGUUAUCCACGCUGAGUCUGACAAGAUUUGGAUUUCUGACCUUGAAGGAGUUCAGCCCUCUGACAAGGUCAAACAGUCUACGCACAUUGGGCGCUUGCAGGACCUGUUUGAAGAGUUUCAUGAGCAAUGGAAAGCCCGCUGGUGUCGUCAUGAUCACUUGGCUUUUGACCAUUGGGAGCAGCUGCUUGGAUUUGCCCGUCGUGUUUUGACUCCGCAGUCCAUCCCGUCUCUGCGUCUUGAUGUGUCCCUCCUCAGAGCCGAAGUCCAUAGGAAGAAGAAGCGCUCAGCUACUGGACUUGAUGGAGUUAGCAGAGCAGACUUGAUUGCUGCUGAUGAUGCCGUUUUCCAAUCGCUCACCCGAGCUUACGAACGUGCUCAAACUGAUGGUGAGUGGCCAGCACAAUUGCUCGCCGGAAAGGUCAUCUCAUUGGCCAAGUCCGACUCAGCUUCCAGUGUUGGCGACUACAGGCCGAUAACUGUCUUUGGGCUGCCCUAUCGCCUCUGGUCAAGCCUGCAAGCAAGGCAUUUGCUGGCCCACGCUGACAGCUGGGUUGACGAUGGUGUUUUCGGUAACAGACCAGGGCGUCAAGCCUCUGAUUUGUGGUUCCACUUGCUUUCGCAGAUUGAGGCAGCCUACAGUGCCCAAGUUCCGCUUUGCGGGUUGUCAGCAGACAUUGAAAAAUGCUUCAACUGUAUUCCACGUUUUCCUGCACUUUGCCUUGCGGUGUUGGUUGGGACGCCUGACAGUGUUACUACGGCGUGGGCUGGUGCGUUGGCCUCCAUGAAACGACACUUCAAGGUUCGGGAGUCGUAUUCGGAAGGCUUCUUGACCUCCACUGGACUUGCUGAGGGGUGUGGCCUCAGUGUCUAUGGCAUGCUUUUGGUUGAUCAUCUGUUUGCCUGCUGGAUGCGAGCCCAAUCCCCAGCUAUUCGGACUUUGUCUUAUGUUGACGACUGGCAGACCUAUGCUUGGGAUCCUUCCUACGCGGUGCGUCAGUUACAGUUGGUUGAGCAGUUUGCAGGUCACCUGGACUUGACCAUUGAUCGGCGGAAGACUUUUGGGUGGUCCACCGACCCGGUUGUUCGCCAGCAACUCCGGGAUUCUGGUAUCACUGUUCUUCACCAUGCCAGAGAAUUGGGUGGGCACAUGGGUAUCUCCAAACAGUACACCAACCGUACCUUGGUCAACCGUUUCCAAGACCUUGACGACUUCUGGCCAAAACUGCGGGCCAGCAAGGCUCGACACCAUGCCAAGGUGUACAUGCUGCGUGCUGUGGCCUGGCCAUGUGGCUUACAUGCCGCUGCUGUUGAUCUCCAGUUCCUUGGUUUGCUUUGGACUUGCCGUGAAGUGCGUGCCCACUGUCCCCCGGAGUUCUGGCUCCACAGUGUUGCUCCCUUCGCACAUGGACUUUUGGACUUGCCUCCCAACUCUCUGACGGCCAUCCUGGUUGAUCGCCUCCAGCAUGCGGGUUUUUCGGUUCUUUCUUCAGGUCGGCUCGUUGACCAAUUUGGGUCUUUCUGUCUUCAAACAUCCAACUUCAAUGAAGUGGAAUUGCGGAUGCAACGUGCUUGGUGUCGUGUUGUCGCUGCCCAAGUGUCGCACCGUUUGGACUUUCAAGGGUUGGAUGCAGUUGACUUGGUGGCCACACGCAAGGCUCUGAGAGGGCUCGCUGCAGAUGAUCAGGCUCUCCUGCGGUUCAGCCUGGCUGGUGGACUUUUCACUGAGCGGUACAAGGCCAAGUGGACGCAGCAAACAGAUGCUUGCAAGUUUUGUGGAGCCUCCGACUCCCUGCGCCACAGGUACUGGGAAUGCCCUCAACAUGCUGAUUUGAGAAGUCAGCUUGCUCCAGAUGCGACGCGUUUAGUUGACUUGCUUCCGACUGCUUUGUCCUUGCGUGGGUGGUCACUGCUCCCCUCGACUUGGAAUUCCUGGAUGUCCCUUCUUGCUGCACUGCCCACCGAAAUGCCUGAGCCGGCUGUGGAUUUAAAGCCAGGGAUCUGGAACGAUGUUUUUACCGAUGGCUCUUGCCUCUGGCAAAACCAACCUUCCGUGCGUGUGGCGGCUUGGUCUGCCGUCCUGGCGCGCCCUUUCCAUGACACCUGGACUCCUGCUGCUGCCUCUGUCAUUGGUGCCGCUGCCCUGUCUGGACUUUGUCAGUCUGCCUACCGGGCUGAACUCACUGCGUUGGCUUACAGUCUGUCUUGUGCGGCGCGUGCGCGGGCCCCUAUCCGUGUGUGGUGUGACUGCCUUGGGGUUGUCAACAAGUUCCACUUGCUGGUUUGGGGUGCAGGCCGAAUCAAUUGCAACAGGCCGAACAGUGAUUUGUGGUUGUGGAUCGCAGAUUCAGUGGAGACAUUGGGUCGCGAUUACGUGCAGGUGAGAAAGGUCCAAGCACACCGGACGUUGCAGAGUGCCAGAACUUUGCACGACGCUUGGACCUUCUUUCACAACACAGUUGCAGAUCGAGCAGCCCGUUUGGCAAAUCAAGCGAGACCUGCCGCUUUUUGGCUACAGUGGGAGCAACAUGUGAGGGAAGUUUUCGCAGUGGAUGUGCUUGCUGGGCAGGUUCGGGCCCUACACGUUGCUGUUGGGAGACGACACGUAUGUGCAGAGGUUGCAACAGGUGAUUGCCCGGAGAUUGUGCCAAAAGAGACAAGGGAGUUCGUGCAGAAGUUUUCCCUCGGUGGCUGGAGCGGAGAACCCCCACCGAAGGCAGCAAGGCUUUUUGGCCCGACCCAUGUGAGAAGGGUGUCUCAAUGGUUGUGGGAGCGUUUGCAACCAGCUUCCAACAAAGUGGUUUGGAUGACGUUCAGCCAAUUGUACAUCGACUAUCAACUGGCGUGGAAUCAUCCUGGACCUCUUCGUAUCAAUGGGCAGUGGAUCGACACCGAUCAGAGAACGUAUGUGGCUGCCGAACGGUUCCAAUUCAAACAGCGCGUUCGCUGGUUCAAGCAACUUGUCAAAUCAGUCUGGAAGGAGAUAGGCAUUGAUGCAGCGCUGGCUCAGACUCGUCCGGCAGGACACAUGGUUCAGGCCUAUUUGCCCGCUGCCUCUGUACCUUGGCCUCAGAUCCAGAUCGACAAGGUGGACGCUUGGUUAGCUUCGCAUUUGAAGGGGCCGUGCAGCCGAGAUGCGGCAGCACUGAAUAGGCUCCCCUUGGCAGUAGCGAAAGGUGGCACACGCACUGCCAUGAG